ACGGACUGAGCGCUCGCUCCCUCGCUCGCGCUCUCGCUUGACUCUGUUUGCCGGGGACGCGGGGCUCGAAACCGCUGGAGGAGGCGGCGGUAGCGACAGCGGCAGUAGUCUGUGCCCGCGUCCUGCGGGAAGAGCGGAGGUGUGCGGCUUGGAGAGUGGAGAGAAAUGGCCAAAAUGGAGGUGAAGACAUCCCUUUUGGACAAUAUGAUUGGAGUGGGAGAUAUGGUUCUUUUAGAGCCUCUCAAUGAGGAAUCAUUCAUUGAUAACCUCAAGAAGCGGUUUGACCACAGUGAAAUAUAUACAUACAUUGGAAGUGUGGUUAUAUCAGUGAAUCCAUACCGAUCAUUGCCCAUUUAUUCACCAGAGAAAGUGGAAGAUUACAGGAAUAGAAAUUUUUAUGAACUGAGUCCUCACAUCUUUGCUCUGUCAGAUGAAGCAUACAGAUCCCUGAGAGACCAAGAUAAAGACCAGUGUAUUCUUAUUACUGGAGAAAGUGGAGCUGGGAAAACAGAAGCCAGCAAACUUGUGAUGUCCUAUGUUGCUGCAGUUUGUGGAAAAGGAGCCGAAGUUAACCAGGUCAAAGAACAGCUUUUACAAUCGAAUCCAGUACUAGAAGCAUUUGGAAAUGCCAAAACUGUAAGGAAUGACAACUCCUCUAGAUUUGGCAAAUAUAUGGAUAUUGAAUUUGACUUCAAAGGAGAUCCACUGGGAGGAGUGAUAAGCAACUAUCUCUUAGAAAAGUCCCGUGUUGUUAAGCAGCCAAGAGGCGAAAGGAACUUCCACAUUUUCUAUCAGCUCCUGUCGGGAGCCUCGGAAGAUCUGCUUAAUAAACUCAAACUGGAGCGGGAUUUCAGCAGAUAUAACUACUUGAGCCUGGACUCUGCCAAAGUGAACGGAGUGGACGAUGCAGCAAAUUUCAGAACAGUUAGGAAUGCCAUGCAGAUCGUGGGCUUUAUGGAUCAUGAAGCCCAGUCUGUGUUGGAAGUAAUAGCAGCAGUGUUAAAACUGGGGAACAUUGAGUUCAAGCCUGAAUCUCGAGUGAAUGGCUUAGAUGAAAGCAAAAUCAAAGAUAAAAAUGAGCUGAAGGAAAUUUGUGAGUUGACGGGCAUUGAUCAGUCAGUCCUAGAAAGGGCAUUCAGCUUCCGAACAGUUGAAGCCAAACAGGAGAAAGUUUCGACAACACUAAACGUGGCUCAGGCUUAUUAUGCCCGAGAUGCCCUGGCUAAGAACCUUUAUAGCAGAUUGUUCUCCUGGCUGGUGAAUCGAAUCAAUGAAAGCAUCAAGGCACAAACAAAAGUGAGAAAGAAGGUUAUGGGAGUUUUGGAUAUUUACGGCUUUGAGAUUUUUGAGGACAACAGCUUUGAGCAAUUCAUUAUUAACUAUUGCAAUGAAAAACUGCAGCAGAUCUUCAUUGAACUCACCCUCAAAGAAGAGCAGGAAGAGUACAUCCGAGAAGAUAUAGAAUGGACUCACAUUGACUAUUUCAAUAAUGCUGUAAUUUGUGACCUCAUAGAAAAUAAUACAAAUGGAAUCCUGGCUAUGCUGGAUGAAGAGUGCCUCAGGCCAGGCACAGUGACCGAUGACACCUUUUUAGAAAAGCUGAACCAAGUCUGUGCCACCCAUCAGCAUUUUGAGAGCAGAAUGAGCAAGUGUUCCCGGUUCUUGAAUGAUACCUCUUUGCCUCACAGCUGUUUCAGAAUUCAGCAUUAUGCAGGCAAGGUUAUGUAUCAGGUAGAAGGAUUUGUUGACAAGAACAAUGAUCUGCUCUACCGUGAUCUGUCUCAAGCCAUGUGGAAGGCCAGUCACUCUCUCAUAAAGGCGUUAUUUCCUGAAGGAAAUCCUGCCAAAAUCAACCUGAAGAGGCCACCUACUGCUGGAUCCCAGUUCAAGGCUUCAGUGGCCACACUGAUGAAGAAUCUACAGACCAAAAAUCCAAACUACAUUAGGUGUAUCAAGCCUAAUGACAAAAAAGCUGCCCACAUCUUCAACGAUGCCCUGGUAUGUCACCAGAUCAGAUACCUUGGUCUCUUGGAGAAUGUCCGUGUAAGAAGGGCAGGCUACGCCUUCAGGCAGGCUUAUGAGCCUUGCCUAGAAAGGUACAAGAUGCUUUGUAAACAAACAUGGCCUCAUUGGAAGGGGCCCGCCAGAGCUGGUGUGGAAGUGCUUUUUAAUGAAUUAGAAUUCCCUGUGGAAGAAUACUCCUUUGGUAGAUCAAAGAUAUUUAUCCGGAACCCAAGAACGCUAUUCAAGUUAGAAGACCUAAGAAAACGACGCCUUGAGGACCUGGCCACUCUCAUUCAAAAAAUUUUUCGAGGUUGGAAGUGCCGGACACAUUUCUUGUUAAUGAAAAAAAGUCAGAUUGUUAUUGCUGCCUGGUACAGAAGAUAUUCGCAACAAAAGAAAUAUCAACAGAUAAAGAGUUCUGCCAUUGUGAUACAGUCUUUCAUCCGAGGAUGGAAGGCUCGAAAGAUUCUGCGUGAAUUAAAACACAAGAAGCGCUGUCAGGAAGCUGUCACCACCAUUGCUGCUUUCUGGCAUGGUACACAGGCGCGAAGGGAACUGAGACGACUGAAGGAGGAGGCUAGGAAUAAACAUGCUAUUGCUGUUAUUUGGGCUUACUGGCUUGGACUUAAGGCUCGAAGGGAAUUGAAACGCUUGAAGGAGGAGGCUAGGCGUAAGCAUGCAGUUGCUGUCAUUUGGGCUUACUGGCUUGGACUGAAGGUACGUAGAGAAUACCGGAAAUUCUUCCGAGCCAACGCUGGCAAGAAAAUUUAUGAGUUUACACUUCAGAGAAUCGUGCAAAAAUACUUCUUGGAAAUGAAAAAUAAGAUGCCUUCCUUAUCCCCGAUAGACAAAAAUUGGCCAGCAAGACCUUACCUCUUCUUGGAUUCUACUCACAAGGAACUAAAAAGGAUUUUCCAUUUGUGGAGGUGUAAAAAAUACAGAGACCAAUUCACAGAUCAACAGAAGCUUAUCUAUGAAGAGAAACUGGAAGCCAGUGAACUCUUCAAAGACAAGAAGGCCUUAUACCCAUCUAGUGUUGGCCAGCCAUUCCAAGGGGCUUACCUGGAGAUCAGUAAGGACCCCAAGUAUAAGAAACUCAAAGAUGCCAUUGAAGAAAAAAUCAUCAUUGCUGAAGUCGUGAACAAAGUUAACCGAGCUAAUGGGAAGUGUGCAUCUAGGAUUUUCCUUCUAACAAAUAAUAAUCUGCUUCUUGCUGAUCAAAAGUCUGGACAUAUUAAAUCAGAAGUCCCUCUGGGUGAUGUUACAAAAGUGUCCAUGAGCUCACAAAAUGAUGGUUUCUUUGCUGUUCACCUAAAAGAGGGCUCAGGAGCAGCUAGUAAAGGGGAUUUUCUCUUCAGCAGUGACCACCUGAUUGAAAUGGCCACCAAGCUCUAUCGGACCACGCUAAGCCAAACCAAGCAGAAACUCAACAUUGAAAUUUCAGAUGAGUUCCUGGUUCAAUUCAGGCAGGACAAAGUGUGUGUGAAGUUUAUACAGGGCAACCAAAAAAAUGGCAGCGUCCCAACCUGCAAGCGAAAAAACAACCGUCUCCUCGAAGUGGCUGUACCUUAACUGCAGUCUCGCUCUUGGGUCUCUCAUGGACUCUUUUUUUGUCAUAGUGCAAUUUUAGGGUUUUAUUGGGGGCGGGGACUGGGGAGAGGCAGAGUUGUCCACUUGGGGAUUGUCAGUGGCUAAUAGUGUUAGAGAUCCAUGGCAAAAUAUUUUGACUAAUCAACCUUUAAAUCUUUUCUUACUGGAGUAGUUUUAACCCCAGAAAUGCAAACUGUCCAGUGACAGGAUUUUAGAAACUAACAAUGCUUGUAUUCUUAUUUUAGUCAUUCAUCAGCUAGUACUACAUUCUGUAAAUUGACAUGUGACUGAUAAAAUAUUAAUGUGUUAGCAUAGAAACCUGACUUAAAAGGUAGAUCAAGGUCCUACUGUGAAGGAGAAUGAAACCUUACUUGGACUUUUUUCCCCUCAACACAUUGCCUUCAGGCAUUUUCACUAGUGCUAAGAGCUGGCUAACUCUUGGACUGGGAAUGUUGAAAACAAAAAUGGUAACUCUGUUCAUAGUAAACAGCAUUAUUAAGAGCUGUGUAAUCUGAUCAUUAAUAGAACGUAGUACAAGAAGGACUAUUUCCAUGAGGCAGAAGGAAUGUAAGACUGCAAAGAAAGUCCAUGCAUAUGGUUUCUAUUUGAAGAAGAAAAUCUGGUGUUUAGAAAGGACUUUGGAAUUUUAUUCAGAUUAUUUGUAAUGGCUUUAAGUUGUAGAAAGCGUCAUAUUCUUAUUUUAAAAGAAGUGACAGUAGAUUUCCUCUCAUUUUCCAAAGCAGUGCAGUGAAAAUAUAUUUUUCUCUGAUGCAUAUUCCUUUGUUUUCAGUUAACAUUAGAUGAGUCUACAUCAUGCUAAUGCCUGCAGAGUGCUAUUAUCACCAAAUUUCAGGUAGCUAUUUAAACAGUUAAGUGAAGGGUGAAAGCCUUUUCAGAUAUUGGCAUAUGUCCUUAUGAUGUGCAAUAAAGCAUUCAAGACCUUUUUUUUUUUUUUUGAAAGUUAUUUAUAAUACACUUUUGUGUGUAAGAGAGGUGAUUGGUACAGCUUGCAUAUUUUAUGCAUGGAUUAAAGUGGGUUUGUGUUAUUAAUCUGUAGGAUUUUGUUUUUCAAAUUUACACUAAAGUUCUCAAUUUGGAAACUAUAUUUGGAAUCGAAGAGUUUCUUAAUUUGGGGAGAUGAUGUAUAUAAAUUGGUAUUAUGUUAAAUAAUAAAAUUGUUCUAAUUCGG